UUUGGCUUCUGCCCUCAGCCAAAAUGGCGCUAGCUCGGAAGUUGCCGAGAUUCUCGGCGUUGCCGAAGCACGUCGGGAAGUUACCGAAGGAGUCCGGAAGUUGCCGAAAGAGAGCAGCGGGGAAGGAGGAUGGCGGAUAUCAUCGCAAGACUCCGAGAGGACGGGAUCCAUAAGCGUGUGAUACUGGAGGGCCAGGGAGAACUCCCUGACUUUCAAGAUGGAACCAAGGCCACAUUCCACUACCGGACGCUGCACAGCAGUAACGAGGACACCGUGUUGGAUGAUAGUCGGGCCCGGGGCAAGCCCAUGGAGCUCAUCAUCGGCAAGAAGUUCAAACUGCCCGUGUGGGAGACCGUCGUGUGCACCAUGCGCCAGGGGGAGGUCGCCCAGUUCCUCUGUGACACCAAGCAUGUGGUCCUGUAUCCUUUGGUUGCCAAGAGUCUCCGAAACAUUGCUGCCGGCAAGGACCCCCUGGAGGGCCAGCGGCACUGCUGUGGCAUUGCCCAGAUGCACGAGCACAGCUCCCUGGGCCAUGCCGACCUGGACGCCCUGCAGCAGAACCCCCAGCCUCUCAUCUUCCACAUUGAGAUGCUGAAGGUGGAGAGCCCCGGCACAUACCAGCAGGACCCGUGGGCAAUGACGGAUGAUGAGAAGGCAAAGGCAGUGCCGUUCAUGCACCAGGAGGGCAACCGUUUGUACCGUGAAGGGCACGUGAAGGAGGCAGCCACCAAGUACUAUGACGCCAUCGCCUGCCUCAAGAACCUGCAGAUGAAGGAGCAGCCUGGGUCCCCUGACUGGUUGCAGCUAGACCACCAGAUCACACCACUGCUGCUCAACUACUGCCAGUGCAAGCUGGUGGCCGAAGAGUACUAUGAAGUACUGGACCACUGUUCCUCUAUCCUCAACAAAUAUGACGACAACAUCAAGGCCUACUUCAAGCGGGGCAAGGCCCAUGCAGCUGUGUGGAAUACCCAAGAGGCCCAGGCGGACUUCGCCAAGGUGCUGGAGCUGGACCCUGCCCUGGCACCCACUGUGAGCCGAGAGCUACGAGCCUUGGAGGCACGGAUCCGGCAGAAGGAUGAGGAGGAGAAGGCCCGCUUCCGGGGCAUCUUUUCCCACUGACGGUCUCAGCCCUACUCUCAGCGCUACCCUAAGCCCACUGCUGUGCUGCCAACCAUGUUGCCACCGCCAUGUCUUGCUUCUCUGUAUAUAAAGGCCUUAUUUAUCUCUCUGCAUCUGCUGAGCCCAUCCACUGAGAAGGCUGGUCAUCACUUGCCAUUUACUUGGGUGGCUGGGGAGGCAAAGGAUUAGUGUUCUCAUCCUAGGACCCCACUGGUCAGCCCCUGGAACUGUGGGCCUCAGUGCCCCUGACAGAAAUGGGGGAGUACUUCUCACUGGUGGGGGCGCUGAGAGCCCCAGCAACCUCUAAUCUUAGUGGGGAAAUAAAGUGGGGUAGUAUCCAAGCCUUUGGUCCUUGGUAACUUCUGAACACAGAGGUUUCCUUUGGAGGAGACAGAGUGAAGAGCAAAACCAGGUAGGACUUGCAAACUCAAAAAUAAGCCGAGGUGAGAGUCAUCGGGGCCUGGAUUGACUCUCUGGGAAGAGCAGAGGUCAGAGCCCAUCAUGGCCUUGCGUCCUGACUCCGGGCAGGGCCUAGGGCCUUUCUGCACUUUAUUAGAAGCUGGGC